UAAUAACGGCUUUUGAAACUUCACUCUCGUUAAGCGUGCGCUUGUUAUAAAUAAGUUAAAAACUUUGUUUAGAACAAUGUUUCGACGAACAAGUAGCAGUUCGAAUAUUCCGGUCGUGAAGGGUGACUACAGAGCACGUUCAAAGUCCGUCGUCAGAGUAAGCACAAAGGAUGAUGGUAACAAAAAAGCCCGGGCAAGUUCCAUGGAUCGUACCUUAAAUCCGCUCACAAAAAGAUCAAUGAGUUCCUCAAAUUUGAAACGCCCAUCAGUUACUCCUUCAGUGUCUUAUAAAAGAUCAACAACGGGCUUGACACCGACUCUGGGUUCUGGGUUCAAAAGAUCGAAUUCUAAUCUCACAACCCCCCGUUCGCGGAGCAAGUCCCCGUUCAAAAUCGGUUCCGAGCGGUCCGUAAACGACAAAAAAUGGGUCUCGGAGCAGUUUGCCAAAGUACGGGCGUUUCUUCAAGAACACCCCAAAUGUCCCGAGCACAUCCCCAACAACCUCAAACCAACGACAAUAAACUCAUUUGUGACCGCUUUCAACCUCUUGUUCAAGGAAAUUGACCCUCGAUUUGAGAUCAACACCACGAAUUACAAAGACAUUGUGUUGAACACACUGAAAAUUUACCAAUUUCCCGGAACCAUUUCACUUUCAUUGCUGAAAACUGUGAAUACAAUGCAUGCUUGGCCUCAAGUAAUCAGUAUUUUUGCAUGGCUUGUCGACCUCAUCACUUACAUAAACCAAACAAGCACGUUUGUUAGUCCCGAUUUAGAGCAAGACCUCAAAUACCAAAAAAUUGAGUGUAUUACGAAUUAUAUCUUUGAGAGAUACCAACUAUAUAACAAAGACGAAGAUGAGAAAAUUGCAGAUCGGGCAGUGGGGCAACAACUUUCAAAAAUUCUCAAUAUUGAUGAGGAGGAGCACAAGAGAGUGCAAGAGGAGGUUGCCAAGUUGUCACAGCUUAAAGAACAGCGUUUGGGGCAGAUCGAGGAACAAAAACACAAAAACGAAAUGCUUGAAAAGGAGAUUGCGCGACUGCGAGAGGAGACUGAAUCGUUCUAUAGAGACAAAGAGCAGAGGGAAGAAAUGAUCCAUGAUUCAAUUAAUUUAUUAAAGGAACGAAAGGAGAAAUUGGUCGCUUUAAUUAAAGCAAAACGGGAGAAUGUCGAGUCACUGAAGAAGAAAAUUAAUACCCAACCUUGCACAAUCAGGGAGAAGAAGAGAAUCUUGGAACACAUUGAAGAAAUGAAGCACACAAUUGAUCUGAAAAAAGAGAAAUUGAAAACCCAGAAAGCCAUCGAAACUGAAUAUCAUUCACAAUUGAAGGAGGCGAAAACUAAAGUCAUAAAUGAAGUUUACCGCUUGAAUCACAGCUUAAUGAAACUCACUGUGAUAGAACCAAAACUUAAAGUCCUGAGUUUGAACGAAAACUCCGAUUUUUUGUCAAACGAGUUUCAAGAGGAUGUGGAAAACCUCCCGGAGAAAAUUAAGUCGCUUGAAAACACGAUCAACGACGAAAUAAAAUCAAAGAAAACUGCAAUUUCUGAAAUGAAGUCCCAAAUUGCUUCAGUGGAAGCGCAAAUUGUCUCAGACAAGCAAAAGCUUCAAGGGUUGAUCGAAAAGGAAGCUUCCCUCAAGGACCAGAUCCAGCUUCUCGAGCAACACUUCGAGAAGAUCGAGAAACAACGAAGCGAGGAAAAGACACUUUUUGAGCAGAAGAUGAGGAGAUUCGACGAGGAUGCUCCACCACUUGACGAGCUUAAACGCGACGUUGAUGAACUGAAAAAAAUUAAAAAAGAGAAAGAAGAAACGUUGGAAAAGCAUAAGUAUGAAGCACUUGUGUUUUUUGCUAAAGUGGAAGAGGAAGUGUCGAGUUAUGUUGAAAAAAUGAAUAACGUGCGAACUAAAGUGCUCGAUAAGCUUACGGGGAGCUUGGAACAGACUAUAAAAGUCCAACAGGAGAUAAUCGACGACAUGCUGAAACUAGAAGAAAUAAGAGAAACAGAAGAGUGAUUAUGUUCUUCAAAAAUUUAUUCAUUUAUUUUUGGUUAUUAUUUGUAUUUGUUAUUAAAUGAAAUAAAUAAAUUUUCACUGA